AACAUUCACUGGAAUCCUCAAAGAAUAAGGUUUUAAGAAAUGCUGUACAUGUUGAGGAGGGUGAAGUGGAGAAGUGUGUCAGAGACAUAAUGAAAGAGAAGAGAAUUGAACAGAAGGAUGCAGGGUUUCAGACCACUCUGCGUGUCUCCUUACUGCAGAUAUCAGGCUAUAAAAAACUUUAUCUGGCUGUGGAGAAUCUGAGGAAGGUCCCAUAUGAUUCAGACAACGACGAACACGAGCAACAGUUAAUUGAGCUCUGGAAUUUGUUGAUGCCUCAUGAGAACCUGAAGGCCAGAAUCAGCAAGCAGUGGUGUGACAUUGGCUUCCAAGGUGAUGAUCCCAAAACAGACUUCAGAGGAAUGGGCCUGCUGGGGUUAGUGAAUCUGGUGUAUUUUAGCAAGCACUACACCAGCGAAGCUCGGCAGAUCCUUUCCCGUUCUAAUCACCCAAAGCUGGGAUACUCUUAUGCAAUAGUUGGAAUCAAUCUGACAGAAAUGGCUUACAGCUUACUGAAGAAUGGUGCUUUAAAGUCUCACCUGUACAACACAGUCUCUGGAUUGCCACAGAUGGAACACUUCCAUCAGUUUUACUGUUAUCUGGUUUAUGAGUUUGACAGGUUCUGGUUUGAAGAAGAGCCAGAAAGCAUUAUGCACUUCAACCACUACAGAGAGAAAUUCCAUGAAAAAAUUAAGGGACUCCUACUGGAUUGCAGUGUGAUACUAACCUUAAAAAGUACAAAGAGCCCUUAACCCCUCUGCAGUUUAUGAGGUUCUGCAUCCAGAAUGGAAGCACACAUUUGGAUGGAAGUUUUGCAUGUUUCACCAAAAACUGUUUAACAGCAGAACUUUUUUUUUUAACUUUUUUUUUUUUAAAAAAAAAAAAAAAAU